UGAGAAAAGAUAUCGCAUGUGUGGAUUUGCUGAGCACACUUUCUGGUUUCAGAGCCGCAUACUUAUGGGAUGAAUGCCCAGAUACUUUCGCAUAAAGGCUCGGUGAUCAAGCAUUUGAAAAAGCUCAAUGGGAGCAAGGAGUUCAUUGUCUCGAUACAAGAGUCCAGUAUCGCGCCUGGAUGACUUCUUUUUUUAGGAUGGAAAUCUUGCAUUCAGCUCACCUUAUUAAGCCUUGCUCCUAUGUGCAGACAGGACAAGUCCAUCUUUUGUAAGAAUCACCAAGCUCUUCAGCUCGUUAUAGUCAUCUGUGUUUCUGCAUGAAAGGAGACUCGAGUGGCAGUGCCCCUCUUCAGACACACUGGAAUGGUGAAGCUUUGGGAUGAUGCGGUGGCCGUGCACCAAGUCGCAGGUUCCUAGGAUUGAGCUUGAUGCCUUCGCGUUCAGUUUCAUGAUUCACAAUGUCGACGAAUAAUAACACUCGGUCAGUCUUAAGAUGGAGUACUCUGCUCUAAAGAGAAACUAAGCUUUCGUGGCCAUGCGACAACUCACUGGGCAUGCUCGUCAUAGAGCCAAGUCGAAGCGAGGUCUUGAUCUUCCGGCCGUUUCCCGCUUCGCAUAUGAAGACGGCCUCCCCUGCUUGAAGUCUCGAGGUACCUUCUCGUCUGAUGUAGACUUGUUGCGUUGGCAGAAGAUAUUACUCUCUUUAUCUAUAUCGUUGUUAGUCCAGCUCCUGUAGCCUUUAGGUGGGAUACGAUUACCUUCCCUGGAGUUACAGCAUCCUCUUGAUUUUUCAUCUUACUCUGCCACUGAUAGAUUCGCUCAUUCUAUUUUGUACGACAUGGAUUCAUAAUAGACCUAGAGUUUGGAAAGCUGCAAGAGCAGCGCAUUCGAUCGAACACAUUCGCUGAAACUAUGUUUUACUUCCAAUCGCUGAGAUCAGCAACCAUAACGAACAUCUUGCUCUUGGUUAUUGCAACGUCUGUUCUUGCGGCUGAUUCGAACGAUACUCUUUCCAAUGGCGAAGAGGGCAAAACAGUGCCUCUGAGAAUCCUGCCAUUAGGAAAUUCUAUUACCUAUGGUUACCAGAGCACUGACGGAAAUGGCUAUCGUAAACAUUUGCUUGAUAAAAUCACUACCAAUGGCACUGCCCAGUACAUAGGAUCUGUUCGGUCCGGUAAUAUGACCGACAACCACAAUGAAGGUCAUCCGGGUGCCACCAUUACGCAAAUCUCUGCCUUUUCAGUCGGCAGUCUUGCACUGCGUCCAAACCUCAUUCUCCUCAUGGCUGGCACCAACGAUAUGAAUAUGAAUCUCACCCUAGGGGCUCCAGAAAGGCUAGCAAAUCUUGUUGACAUGUGUUUCCUCGCUUGUCCUGAUGCCGUGAUUCUUCUGGCCCAGCUCACGCCUGCCGGAACUGCUGCUGUUGAAGCUCGGGUUGAACAGUUCAAUCCUAGUGUGGCCAGUCUUGCCACCAGCAGAGAACAGCUGGGCAAGAAAAUCUUAUCUGUGGACAUGCCAAAAUUUGUCACUGCCGCCGACUUGAAGGAUGUAUUACAUCCGAAUGAUGUUGGAUAUGCGAAUAUGGCAGAUGCAUGGUAUCUAGGAAUUCAACAGGCGAAUGCAAGAGGGUGGUUGACACCACCUGUGGACGGAAUAGGGCCCCCUCGAGACAGCGGAGCUGCAAGUGUUCCAUCUCCCACAGGUGCGGGGUUUCUUGAGGAUACGAGGACUCCGGUGGCUUCGAGCUCCUUGAGUUCGACCACGUUCAUGAGUUUGUCAAGUAUCAUGACAUCGAUGAAUAUCUCCGUGCCGACGGUUUUGGCGAUACCUACAAGAUAUUCCUCAAUGACGAACUCAUCGACCCUCACAGUGCCUACACAGGUUCUAGUUCCUUCGGUGGCUGUAGUUUCGCAAACUGCUAUAAAUGGUGCAGAUUUUAUGGGAGGUCAGCUCCGCGGUCAGGUUGCUUCAAUUUUCCCCGUCAUGGGGCUGUUGCUAUUGCUUUUGGGCUUUUGAUUUGAUACCCGUCCAAACACUCUGAGCGAAGAUAGACAUAAUUUGGAUCAACUCCCUGCAUAUAUUCAUUUCAC